AUGAGAGCUGUCGCAGCCUACUUGCUGGUGCUGUGUUAUGGUUUACUCUCCACAGCGUGGACCUACGAGGAGGUCCCAGGGCCGUAUCCUACUGUACAGACUGAUGCUGGGCAGGGGGAAGUGGUCGCAACAGACAGCAACAAUUAUGCGUAUUUCCUGAGUGGAACGGCUUGGCACAGACUGGGCUCAGUUACAAUCAAGCCUGUUUCAGUGGGACCUGCAGGAAUUUGGGGAGCUGACACCUCAAACAGGGUAAAAAUCACACCAACCACCUGUGAAAUCAGUGGCUGGCAACAAGUGUCAGGGUCUGCGACAAUGGUUGAAGUGGCGACUGAUGGAAGUGUCUUUGUAGUGAAUCGAGCUGGCCUGGUCUACCAAAGAACUGGCAUCUCCAGUAGCAGGUCGGACCUACAUCACAAUGUGCACCUGACCUACGACCUGGGCCACCUUUAGGUCGUGAGCAACGGGCAACCCACCUCUUAAGGACCUGUGUGGCUGUCCCCAGCCUGUCCCAGACCCUACAGUACAUGGAGAACCCUUCCCAUAGGCCACCACUGUCACUUACUUUGGGUGCA